AUGUCUUCACCAGAUCCCUCGCCAAGUGAGAAAUUGACUAGCGAUGUCUUCCAGAUGAUGCAAAGGAUCACCGAUACACAYGACUUGAGUCUGGCAAUGCAGGCCACGGUGCACUUGGAGACUGCCAGCAGAGCUCUUUCUAAGGCAUUUGUUGACGAGAAAAUGCGGAUUGCGUGUUGCCAUGCCGCAGAAGCUCUGACACACCGCGCCAAAGAGCUGCUUCUAGAGGCUCAAGAGGCAGCAUCCCACGAUCAAGAGGCACGUUCGGGCGCUGAGGCUCUGACCCUUGUGGUUCUUCCAGGGAUCACAGCUGCUAUUGAUGCCAUCAAGAGCUUUGCCGAAAGUCGCAACAAUUGGGAGCAUAUUCGCCAGCAGCUACGAGGGGUUGCAGACAUCGCCCAAGAUGCUGACACACCCGAAAUCGACAUUUGGGAAGUGCUAGGCUAUCAAGAGGAUCAUUGA